UCGCGCCUUCUUUAUUUUAAUCAAGUACCCAGGGCAACUGCCCAUUAAAAUAAUCCCUGGGAACGAGGUUGCGUUAAUUUUGGAUUUCCGUUUGUCCGAUUCCGCAUUAUAUUUAACCCACUAAUCCCAAACAAGUACAAGCACAGCUUAUGAUUUGCUAGUAUAAUAGUUCUGUCGCAGCCACGUCCACAUUGUGCAUUUCGAGUCUACUAGUUUCAUUGUAAUUUUGUUUUCCGAGCUUUGGAUUGAGAAACGUUACUAUGCUGUUGACGCUCGUGCUUUGGACAAUCUUCAUUGCGAGUAUCACAAUUUUCAUUCUCUGGCGACUCAUUUCUCCACCCAAAGUCAAUAUAGUUAGAAAGGCACCAGAAAAUAAAGAUCAAUACGCGAAGAGUCGCUUUCUUCCUUCCAAAGUGCCAAAAGAUAUCGACGUCAUCAUUAUUGGUUCAGGAAUGGGUGGCGGAGCUGCGGCAUCCAUUUUGAGCAAGUGGGGGAAAAAAGUGGUUGUCCUGGAGCAUCACGACAAGCUAGGUGGAUGUACUCACACAUUUUCGUGGUCGCGUAAAAACAUGUACGAAGAUGGAUAUACGACCUGUGAAUUUGAUACAGGCUGUCAUUACACUGCUGUUGAUACGUCGAUACCAAUUGCUCGCUCGGGAGCUGUGAUGAAGUUUGUAACCGGUGGUAAUUCAAAGUGGAACGAUCUUGGUGAUCCGUAUGAUCAUCUUGUCCUACCAUAUGAUCCUAACGUUGACCCUGGAUGCCCUAAUAAUGACAGCUACGAUUUCGUUUGCGGAAAAGACCGUCUUAUUAAAAAGAUUUCAGCCCAAAUAAAUCCUCAGGAGCCUCUGGUAACAAAACGGCUAACUGACUUUUUGUCUUUCUGUCAUGCUGCUCGUAAAACUAUAAAUAACAUGUGGCUUGUUCGCAUGUGUCCAAGAUGGCUAGAGCCAUUUUUACACAGGUUUACUGAGCCAUACUAUAAAUAUGGAGAAAUAACAACCGGAUAUGUUUUGAAUGCAAUGCUCGAGCAUGGUUUCUCUCAUGAAGAAGUGUUAGCCCGUAAAACUUUACCAGAAAAACCUGACGUGGAUUUACCAAACACGUGGAAACGUUUGAAAGGUGUGAUGGUUCAUCCAUUGGGAGAUUAUGCGUGUCAACCCAGUGAUUCUACAGUUAUUGCGCACUCUCUUACUGCUUUGUACUAUAUGAAUGGUGCUGCUUAUACUCAUGGACAAACGCAGAAUGUAGCUAACUCUUGUGCUAAGAUAGUGUAUGAGCAUGGUGGAGAAUGUUUUGUGAACGCUCAUGUUGAUGGAAUUAUUGUGAAGAAUAACAAAGCUGUUGGCGUGCGCGUAUGCAAGUCGUCAUCAUUAGAUAGUGAUAAGGCAUCGGAAGGAAAACCUGCAAUGACGGAGAUUUAUGCACCUAUUAUAAUAAAUGCAACUGGCAUUCACAACUUGUACAACAAACUGUUACCUCAAGACUUGCCAGCUGUUAAAGAUUUUCAUAAAAUCAAUACAAGUGAACCGUCUACUGGGCACAAUUAUCUAUUUGUUGCAAUCAAAGGUGAUGCAGAUGAAAUUGGUAUUCCUGUCACAAACACAUGGUACUUUAAUGGUUAUGAUACAGAUGACUGUUUUAACAAAUACUUUGAAAAUCCAACCGAACAUCGUCCACCAACCUGCUAUCUUGGAUUUCCGUGUACAAAAGAUCCGACUUGGAAAGAGAGGUUUCCCGGAAUUUCUAAUUGUAUUCUAAUUUCUGAUGCCAAGUUCAAGUGGUUUGAGAAAUGGGAGAAUUUGCGAACUCAUAAACGUGGUGAUGAAUAUGAUCAAUACAAAGAAAAAUUUGCCGAGAAGUUAUUGGAGAUUUUGUACGAGAAGGUUCCCCAAAUCAAAGGCAAGGUGUUAUGGUACGAAUGUGGUACACCACUUUCAGAUUCAAACUUCCUUCAAUCCUAUAGAGGUGGUUCUUAUGGUACCAGGUGCAAUUUGGCAUUUACCGAUCGCAAAAAUGCAAGGUGGAUUAUGAGACCUGAUACAGAAAUAGAAAAUCUUUAUAUGGCUGGACAAGAUGCAUGGACACCUGCUGUAGUUGGGGCUAUGUAUGGAGGAUUACUUGGCGCUAUAAAGGUGCUCGGAUUUUUUCAAGGUUUUGGUAUUAUAUUUUCAAUUUUGAAUCAGCAAGCUCAAGAUAUUCAUGCUAUGACAGGCUGGUCGUAUAUUUGGUGUGUGAGGAAAGCUGUUAAAAUAUUUUUUGACACCAAACCUCCACUUGAUUUAACAGAAAAAAAGGUUUGCUAACUAUUGGUUGACAGAAGACGCACUUGAUUCGCUGUGACGUAAAACUUCUGAAUUAAAGAAAUUUCAUAUAAUGAACAUUGUUUACUGGUGAUAAGCUACAUCAUAUGUGAUGGCAAUGGCUUAAUGUCUACGUAAGUGGGCAGUCUCGCUGUGACGAAACCGGCCUAAAGUUAUUUGAAAGUUAUAAUUUUUAUUCAGUUGCUUAGUGUAUGUAACUAAGUGCAGCUAGAAGUCCGUAAUGUAUGCAAUUGUUUUGUGUCAUGCAGUUAUGCUGUAUCUUGAUGAUGAUAUUAAUAAUAAAUUUCAUACCUAUAGUA